GGAGCCCUUGAGUUGCAGGAAAAUAGGUUUUCUGCAACAUAGAGAUGGAUCUGAAUCUUUCCUGGUGGAGGGUUUUGAGCUUUGUGGGUAUCAUAUUGACGACUGUAUUGGUGAAUAUCGUGGUGAAAAUAUGGUGGGUGCCUCUUCGCACACAGAAGUUCCUUCGAAAUCAGGGCAUUCGUGGAUCACCAUACAAGCUCUUAUAUGGAAGCACCAAAGAAUUACUCGAAAUUAAGAAGCACGCCCAAUCGACUUCCUCGGAGAUCGCACCCCAUGAUAUUUUACAUGUAGUUGCUCCACAUAUUGAUGUCUGGGCAAAACGAUAUGGCAAGAUAUUUGCGUAUUGGAUGGGCACACAGGCAAGGAUUGUUGUUAAUGACCCAGAUAUUAUGAAGCAGGUUCUCUCAAACAAGUUUGGGCAUUACGAGAAACCUGAGCCCAAUAUUGAAUUGAAAUCCUUAAUUGGUUAUGGCCUUGUACAAGCCAAUGGAAAGAAAUGGGCUCGUCAAAGAAGGCUUCUCAAUCCAGCCUUUCAUUUAGAAAGUUUGAAGUCAAUGGUUCCAGUGAUGGCAGUUAGCACCACCAAAAUGUUGGAGAAAUGGAAAAAUGCAAUCAGUGAGGGUGUGAAAGAAAUUGAGGUAUUAAAAGAAUUUCAAUGCGUUACUUCAGAUGUGAUAGCCAGGACAGCUUUUGGGUCUAGUUUUGAGGAAGGAAAACAUAUAUUUGACAUGCUAGGUGAAUUGGCCAUUCUCGUUGGUAAAAGUUUUGUGAAAAUAAAUUUUCCAGGUUCCAGGUAUUUUCAUUGA